AUGGAAGGAAUGGCAUCAAUAGCGUUGUUACUAGAUGGCAGCCAUACGGAGGUCAACAUUCUUUUCUCCACAAAUUUCUGCCCUUGGGUCAUCUUUAUUUCCCUAAUAGCGUGCCCUAAGAAUUAUAACUAUUACUAUGGUUUUCAACCAUUCGAUGCUUCGUCUCUCCCCCAUUCUCCUACACUCCUCCAUCUUCUCCGAAGUCAAUCGAUUUAUUGUCAUCACCUCCGUAUACGCGCUGGCUUCCCUUUGUUCCUAAUAAUCUCUCCAGUCAAAUCAGCAGCGAGCUAUAUGGCAACUGUAGAGUCUCUCUUGCUUGGAUCUGGAACAAGUCACCCUCCAUCCUCUGCCUUCAACCCAAAGGCAAAGGCAGCUGCUGCCUUCCCUGAAACUGCUCCUGGCUUAAACCCAAGGGCAAUCAUGUCUUUUGCACAAGAUCCGGAACAAGUCACCCUCUUCAUCCUCAUCAUUGAUGUUGAAUUGAUGAAGUAUUUUAUGAAUCAGAUGAAACUUAAAUCAUUUCAUGCUACCACUUUUUAA